GUUUCUCCAUAGUAACAAUGACAAAACAAGCCAAUUCAACACCAGGGAUGAUUGCAGCUGCUGAACAGAAGCACACAGACUUGUGCUGCGGAGUCCUGUUCACAUAGGGGACAGAGGAAGACCAGUUCAGAGAGGAAUCUGUAAAGAGGAGCUCUUGUGGAGUGAAAAGAAGAGAGAAAAAAGAGAAGAUUCCCAAAGUUUUGUGAGAAAGUGUAUACCAGCCUGGCAAAGAAAGUGCUGGGAGGCAACACGUGAGGCACACUUACACCUGCCCGCACAUUCUUACCCUCCCAGCAUGGACCGAGACAGUCACAGCGAGGAUACUUUGUCGACCAUGGUUCUGGAGAACAUUAAAAACAAACUGAUUCAUGCCUUCAGGACGACAGGAGACUCCAGAGAAGAUCCUCAAGGCUCUGGCUCCACUGUUAGACCAGUCAGCAUCGGCAGGAAUUACCAAGCCAACGAAGAGCUGCGGAGGGCACAGAUAGAUGGAGCGAUAACCUGGCUGAGGUCUGAACUGCUGGAGAUGCGCUCCCAGGACCUCCAGCUGGCUCAGACACUGCUGGGGCUCAACACAGAGAUCCAAAGACUGAGGAGGGAGAGUUUCGGAGGUGUGGAAGUAGAAGGGGACGAUCAGCAGUAACCAGCCCCAGGAAACCAGGAAAUCACUCUGAUGUAACUAAAAACUCAAAAAUGCGAACAGAAAAGACGGAAUGCGUUUUCAUGUGAUAAUGGCUCAUUGUAAUAAAAUGUGUCAUGGUAAAAAAUAGACGCCAGUUGUAUGUAAAGUAACCCGGGUAGAGAAAAAAGGACAAAAUGUUCUUGCUUUUGUGUGAUGCUGGCAUUGUUUUUUUUUUUUGUUUUUUUUAGAUAUUUUGCACUUAUGAGGUGUUGUGCUAAAGAAACUUGUUUGUUGUAUGUUGUUUUGUUGCUUUGCUAGGUCAGGAAACAAGGCAUUAUGAAUGUAAAAAUUAAACAGAAAAUCACUUUUGUCGCAACUUUAUGUUGACAUGUUUUGUGAUUUGACAAAAAUAAAAUGUGCACCAUCUCAUUUCAUGUCUUUAUUGUGCUGGCAUACUGUACCCCUGCAGUACAGUACCUGUUUGAAAUACUGCUAGAAGUUCAGGUAUGGUUAAUAAAUACAUCCACGUCUCAUUCCCAAACAGUUCUAGCUUAUUCAGUUCACAAAUACUUUCUAUACACUAACAAUCUGACCACAGUUAUCUUUUUAAACAUAGAUUUACAUGUUGGUUCACCGCAGUAAGUUAGAUAUCCUAAUAAUAUUUUCUCAAAGAGAUAUUUAAGAAUAUAUGGAACAAUGUCAUACUGUCACCAGAAUGCUUUAUGUGCACAAUAAAGAUGCAGUGAACUCAAAGGUGUCCUGCAGCUACAUUGAAUCCAGUCUGUAUGCAGUUACAGUCAUCAAAGGUCAGUGAGCUUCCAGCACGCACACACACACACACACACACACACACACACACACACACACACACACACACACACACACACACACACACACACA